UUACGUCAUUACUGUGCGACCUAGUCGGCACGUUGGAGCGUAGUGCCGCUGGUUCUGGCCCGCUGUGCGAUUUAGGCUGAGUAUGGAAGCCCAGAAGGACGCCCCACCGCCAAAACAGCAGCCUAUGAUUUACAUUUGUGGAGAAUGUCACACAGAAAAUGAAAUAAAAGCCAGAGAUCCUAUCAGAUGUCGAGAGUGUGGCUACAGAAUUAUGUACAAGAAAAGAACAAAGAGAUUGGUGGUUUUUGAUGCUCGUUAAAGUCUCCAACUUCCAACAGCCUUCGAUAUUUUUUUGUCCCCAUGCUAAUUUUUUUUUCUAAUGGACUGUAUCAGAUAUAGUGGUGUGAUGUUAUAAAUUAUUACAUGCUUUGUAAUAAAAAAUUUUAUGCUGGA